UAUUCUACCCACUGCCCACGCUGGAAAUCUAAAGAAAAAAGAAACUGCCCACGCUGUGCAGAGGAGAGGAAGAUAGGGUUUCCUCGAAAAAGAGUCGGCGGCGAGAGAGGCUAGGGUUUUUAAGGUGCGUGUCAUAGUGAGAUUGUGAUGGAUUCGAAGGAGGGGAAGUCUGAGAUGCAGAAGGAUGCGGCGGCGACAAGCAAGGAUACGGCGGCCAGGAAGAGGAAGAAAAGGGCAUCUAGGAUUGGAAAGAAGGCAGAGGAAGCGAGCGUGAGGAAGACGGUCAAGGAAACGCGUCGCCGGGCGCCGAUACUAUACGAGUCGACAUAUCCUGUCUUUGAAGAACAUCGCCACGAGUUCAACAAAUGGUGGAUGGAAGAUUGGGGCGAUCUCAUCGGUUCCAUGGAGCAAAAAACGGCUAUACCCAGCGUGCGCUUCACGGAUGUUGCUUCUGGCAUGGCCUACGUCGACACCGCUGCCACUCUGCAGCCUUUCGAAGUCAAAAUCUCACCCAAAGAGAACUCAGGUUUAACCUGGCCACUGCAUGUGUAUGGUUAUGUCGCCGCGCGUGAUUUGGUUGAUUACAAGCGCAACAUCAUCUUCGAGCGUGAAAAGGAUAACUGCCAGAUAAUCACUGAUGAGUUUCCGUACCUAGCACUGACUGGUCCUGCACGUGCUGUUGUGCUUCUUGAUCCUGUGUACUUUGAGAUUGACCUCAAAGUGAAAGGAAUCGGGCAAUCUGAGGAUCAAGACCUAAUCUUCAUAGCUAGUUCGUUCACUAAUCCUUUCCCGGAUGAGUCAGCCCUGUUUAAGCGUACCUUCAAGGGCAAGAUCAGCACAGUUGAGUUGACAUUUGGCCAAAUUAGUAAGUCAGUAGAGGCCGCAGUCAGUAUGCAAGUCGUCCAUGGGUCAUGGCCAGAUGGUUUCCGUGGUUGUUUUGCUGCAAAAACUGCUAGUAUAAACGACCUGACAAUUGGGUUGCUUGUGAUUGGUGAUAAUGGGUUGACUCUUGCUGACGAUGGCACGAUCAAGCUACAACGCCAUGUUGUUUGUGCCGAAAUUACAAACGGAGAGUAUCUGGAAGUUUCUGUCGGUGCAUAUGGUGUUGGUGGGCAACGAUUUGACGGCACUCUAUAUUUUACACCUCAGGAACGCGGUAGACUCAAUGGUGCACUUCAUGUUGGUACAUGUGAGAUUGAGGUCACUGUAACCUGGUCCCUUAUCAUGUCGUUCUAGAAGCAAUCUGACUUCACAUGUGAGAUUGAGGUCACUGUAGCCUGGUCCCUUAGCAUGCCUUUCUAGAAGCAAUCCGACUUCACAUGUGAGAUUGAGGUCACUGUAACCUGGUCCCUUAUCAUGUCGUUCUAGAAGCAAUCUGACUUCACUUGUGUCUGGGCGAGUUGACCCUCCUGUACAAGUUCAAUAUGUUUGAAGUGUUAUGUUUUCUCAAUGUAAUGACAAUAUGUUUUAAUUAAUAUGGUUGCAUGUA